UAAAAGGAGCAUCAUGCCCGACUCAUUGACUCAUCUUGAGCGACUCACCUUGGGGGCUUUAUAAAGAGGACCACCGACUCGAGCGUGACUCAAACAAAUUCGACCCCCGACUCGCUGGAUGUCAACAGGUGCUCUAUCGUGUCCACGGUGAUGCAACACCUGUUCUCGAAGUUUCCGUCGAGUUCCAGAUAGUUCCACACGGACAUGGCAGAAGGAGACUUUUACACGCUGGGCAACCGCCAGAGGUUCCCCCGGGAUCCGUUCGGAGAGUCGCCCUUUCGGGAGCAGAUGGGCUCCCGCUUCAUGGAGGAUGACUUCGGCAUGCCGCCCUUCCCCGACGACCUCUCCAUGGACUGGCCGGGCUGGGCUCGACCCGGCCGGCUGAGCACCCGCCUGGGCUCGGCGCCCUUCGGCAGCGCCUUACGCUCGGGCUUCCCGGGCCACCAGCAGCGGCAGUCGGCGGCGGGGCCCUCGCUCUACGGCGGCCGCUACGGCGAGGCCUCCCCGCGGAGCUCCCCGACCACCGGCCUGUGCAGCGGCGGCAGCAGCGCGGGCGGGGAGCCGUGGAAGAUGUGCGUUAACGUCCACAGCUUCAAGGCGGACGAGCUCAACAUCAAAACCCGAGAUGGUUUUGUGGAAGUAUCCGGAAAACACGAAGAGAAGCAAGAAGAAGGUGGGAUCGUCACCAAGAACUUCACCAAGAAAAUCCAGAUCCCGAUGGACGUGGACCCUCUCACGGUGUUCGCCUCGCUGUCCCCCGAGGGCGUCCUCAUCAUCGAAGCUCGCCAGACGCCGCCGUAUUACCUCUUCAGCAACGAGGGCUCGCAGGGCUCCGGCGGGGACGUGCCGGGCGCCGAGGUCCCCGUGCCCCUGGCGGUCUAAUCCCCCCCCCCCUCCUCCUCGCCAUAUAGAAGAUGCUACAAGCUAGUUAGCCGCGAAGUGACUGCAAUAACACGCGCGAUGACGUCAUCGCCAUGCUGGCGAUGAAGCAACAGCAUCUGGACGGCCGAAAAACAAACCUCUGGAUGAGUCAUCGCCCGCCCCUUCCCCGAGAUCUGUUAUUUUUUCUCAGUCUUCCAAUUUUAGGGCCGUCAUCAAAAACAAGAACACUGUAGGUCUUUUUUUUGUUUGUUAGAUCCAAGAUGGCUGACGUCAAAGAUCACAACGAUGCCUGAACAAGAACCCUAUUUGUUUUUGAUAGAUGCCUUUACAGCCCCUCUUUAAAAUACACUUUUCAAAAUUCUAAGCGGAGAGGAAGCAGGGCCUGUUACAUGGCAACAGCUGUUUCUAAGGGAGGGGGGUCGUAAACAGCCAUCACCUUUGAUUACAACAGUUCAAAGAAAAGGUCGCCUUAAGGGGAGUCAGGCCCUGCUUCCUCUCCGCUUUGUAGUUCUUGGGUCUAGACAAGAUCUUUCGGUGGAUUACAAUAGAAGAAAGAAACAGAACGUUUAAGUCGUCGCCAGAACGCUAUUUUUUAUUUGAACUGAUCUAAAAGUGAUUAGGUUGCUGGUGUCAAAGGUCAAUUAAGUGUUAAUUUCACCCUCUUUAAAAUUACAGGAUUGUUUUAUUCUAUCAGGACAAAAAAAAAGCUAUUGGUUUUGGGUUAAAAAAAAAAAUGUCUUGUUCUACAUCAGAACAAGAAUCUUAAAUUUUGACAAAUCCAAGAUGGCUGAUGUUUUUGGGGCCAAAAGUCAAAGUUGUCCCCUCUCCCUAAGACCUAAUUUCAACUUUUAAGAAUAUUUGUUGUCAGAACACACAUUAUUUUUUUUUAUUUUUUUUGGCCUGAUCCAAAAGUGAUAAGGUUGCUUGGGUCAAAUGUUGAAUCCCUCAUAAUUGUAUCCUUUUCUUCAAAGUUUGAGGAUUUUUUUGUGCUGUUAUGUUUUAUGGCAAAACAAGAAGGCUAUUGAUUUUUUGAGAGUGCCAAAAGUCCGAAUGUUCUCCAAUGACACCAUUUUGACUGCCGUUUUAUUCAAACUUUGAAGGAUUUUUUUUUUUUUUAUGUCCGAACAAGAAUCGACAUUUGACUGUUCCAAGAUGGCUGCCGUUCCUGGGGUGAAAAGUCAAAUCAGUGUUUCUCCCUCCUUUUUAAACUCUCAAUGUCAUCUCCAAACUCCCAGGAAUUUUUGUUCUUCGUCAGAACAAGAAGCCUAUUCGUUUUUGGCUGUUCCAAUUUGGCUGAGGUUGCUGCAGUCAAGUUCAAUUCAGCUUUUUUUAAAGAUAAUUUUUCUGUUAUUUUCUGGUGAAAUUGUCAGGUUCAAACACUGAUGACAUCUUAUUAAACAAGACAAGAAGAAAAGAAUUAAACAGAGACAAAAUUAAGUUUGGCUCAAUUGAGGAGAGACGCCUGGACACUGUACCCUUGAACAGUGUCUCACCACGCUCUGGCGAAAGAUUGUACGCCUCCUUUUAUUUGGACUUUCCCUGAUUACGUGGCAACAGCUGUUUCUAAGGGAGGGGGGUCGUAAACAGCCAUUGCCUUUGAUUACAAGUCAAAUCAGUGUUUCUCCCUCCUUUUAAACUCUCAAUGUCAUCUCCAAACUCCCAGGAAUGUUUGUUCUUUGUCAGAACAAGAACACUAUUCGUUUUUGGCUAUUCCAAGACAGCUGAGGUUGCUGCAGUCAAGUUCAAUUCAGCUUUUAAGAAAAUGUUUAUUUUGUCAUGAAAUCGUCAGGUUCAAACACUGAUGAGAUCUUAUUAAACAAGACAAGAAGCAAAGAAUUAAACAGAUACUGAAUAAAAUUUGGCUCAAUUGAGGAGAGACGCCUGGACACUGUACCCUUGAACAGUCUCUCACCACGCUCUGGCGAAAGCUUGUACGCCUCCUCUUUUAUUUGGACUUUCCCUGAUUACGUGGCAACAGCUGUUUCUAAGGGAGGGGGGGUCGUAAACAGCCAUCGCCUUUGAUUACAACAGUUCAAAGAAAAGGUCGCUUUGAGGAGUCAGGCCCUGCUUCCUCUCCGUUUUGUAAAUCUUGGGUCAAGACAAAAUCUUUCUGUGGAUUACAAUGGAAGAAAGAAACAGAACACCAUGUUGCUUCCCAUCCUACACAGUGGAGCUGUUAGAAUAAUUGUUUCUUAAAUGAUCACAAAAACUUUGUAAUACAUUGUGUUCCUGACAAGAAGACAAAAGGCUGUCUUUGAAACCUACCAAGAGUAAGGCUCGUAAAACUCCACUGUGUGGGGGGGGGGGGGGCAAGAUGAAGGUGUUCUUUCAUGUAUGGUAAUCAACAGAAGGAUGUUGUCCUGGCCCAAGGACUUCAGAGCGGAGAGAUGACAGGAUUUGCCCAAUUUCCAGACGACCUCUUUUUGAAGUAUUUUACGAACGUCUUUUUUAACUAUUUUAUGGAACUAUUUUACAAACUCUUUUUGAACUGACCUUUUCUGUGAAUUGUUUACGACCUUUUUCUGUGAACUUUUUGCGACCUUUGUCCUUUUGGAAAGAGCGGUGGCCAUGUGGUCGGGGAGGGUCCAAAAUAAAAGAAGGAGGCGUGCAAUCUUUUGGCAGAGCGUGCCGAGAUAGUGUACAAUCGUACAGUGUACAGACGACUCUCCUCAAUAUUGAGUCUAAAUUGAAUUCUGUCUGUUUAAUUCUUUGCCUCUUGUCUUGUUUAAUAGAUGUCAUCAGUGUUUGAACCUGACACAAGCCUUCUUCUUGGCAGGUUCAAAGACAGCUUUUGUCUUCUCGCCGGGAACUCACGGCAACACAAAGUUUUGUGAUAACUAGGAUACAAUUAUUCUGACAGAAAUGUUCGUUAAAUUCAGCUUAUGGAGACAAAAAGUGGAGUUGCAUAAUAAUAUUAUAUGAAUAACUCUUGAAUAUGAUGUACAUCGUUUAGAAAAGCACUGUUAAAACCUGAUCCAUGUUUGGUUGAGAAAAAAAUGAUUGCAAUGUGCCUUCAUUUUUAUUUCCACUAAGACCUACAGUCUAUUAUCUAUUGAUUUAGUCCUUUUUAGGCGUGGUUAGAGGUGCAUUGUGUGUUUGUGCUGUAGUAUUAUUAUUGUAAAUAUACUUUAAACAUGUGACAAUCUCACUUUUUUUUUUCUUUUUUUUUUUAAAUCUCUGAGCUUCAAGGCAGAGGAUGAUGUUUGUGUCUUCUCUGAUGAUGUCUUGAUGCAAUAAAAAAACAAAAAACAUGUCUUCACUGUCUUUUACCGACUG